CGAAACAAAUAUGGCGGUUGACAGGAGUGGAGGAAGACUCUCGAUAACUUUACUCGUUUUGUCGUGGGUCGUGGCCGUCCAGACUAACAAGACGUCCGUCGCUCUCACGGGAGGGACCACUCGGAUACUCGGCAUGAAGGUGGAGAGGAGCGACACGCCGGCAGAGAUCACAGAAAAGGGUGUUAUUCAGGUGACCGAAGGUAGCAACAUCCUCAUCAGGUUUUACGGGCUCCACUUGUUGCCCAUUAGCUCGGAGCUCAUCAGGUUUGCGGAACUCUACUCCAGCGACACGGAGGACGAUGACCACGGAGCUGUCGUGGUGCAACUUAACAGGACUUGUCCCGAGCACACGAAGGAUUUAGUGGUUAAGGGGGUGAUGGAGGUUAGCAACUUCCAGACCUCAGGAGUGGUGAACGUGACGGUCAAGCAGCUGAGGAAGAGUGAAGUCGUGAAGGUGUUCGGUUUGUGCGUCCGGGACACGCAGGUGGACGAGGAGCAGUGGCACCUGUUGGACGAGAAAGACGGCAGACUGCGUGUUGUGGAGGUGAAGAAGUCUCUGCUGCCCAUCUGGCUGCAGAUCAUACUCAUCUCCUUCUUGCUGGUGCUAUCAGGGAUGUUCAGUGGACUCAAUUUGGGUCUGAUGGCUCUGGACCCCAUGGAGCUGCGCAUUGUGCAGAGCUGUGGCACCGAGAAAGAGAAGAAGUACGCCAGAAAGAUCGAACCCAUCCGCAGAAAGGGAAACUACCUGUUGUGUUCGCUGCUCCUAGGCAACGUCCUGGUCAACACCACCUUGACCAUCCUCCUGGACGACCUCACAAAUUCUGGGAUUGGAGCUGUGGUUGCAUCCACAGUCGGGAUUGUCAUAUUUGGUGAAAUUGUCCCCCAGGCAUUAUGUUCAAGACACGGUUUGGCAGUUGGUGCAAACACCAUCAUGGUCACCAAGCUGUUCAUGCUGUUGACGUUUCCUCUCUCCUGGCCCAUCAGCAAAAUUCUAGACUGUGUUCUUGGCCAGGAGAUCGGCACUGUCUACAACCGGGAGAAGUUAGUCGAAAUGCUGAAAGUUACAGAACCCUACAAUGACUUGGUUAAAGAAGAGCUCAAUAUGAUCCAGGGUGCUCUAGAGCUUCGGACGAAGACGGUGGAGGAUGUAAUGACGUCCCUCAACAACUGCUUCAUGAUUCAUAGCGAUGCUGUCUUAGACUUCAACACCAUGUCUGAGAUCAUGGAGAGUGGGUACACCAGGAUACCUGUCUACGAGGGUGAGCGGUCCAACAUUGUGGACAUCCUGUUUGUCAAAGAUUUAGCCUUCGUCGAUCCGGACGACUGCACCACCCUCAAGACCGUUACAAAGUUCUACAACCAUCCAGUGCACUUUGUAUUUCAUGAUACCAAGCUGGACUCCAUGCUGGCGGAAUUCAAGAAAGGGAAAUCCCACUUGGCCAUUGUGCAGAUGGUGAACAGCGAGGGUGAGGGAGACCCUUUCUAUGAAGUGGUGGGUCUCGUUACUCUGGAGGAUGUGAUCGAAGAAAUCAUCAAGUCAGAGAUUCUGGACGAGUCUGACCUUUACACUGACAACCGCACCCGGAAGAAGGUGGCUCACAACAAGAACAAGAGAGAUUUCUCUGCUUUUAAACAUGAGAGUGAAUCAAAGGUCAAAGUUUCUCCUCAGCUGCUGCUCGCUGCUCAUCGAUUCCUGGCCACAGAGGUGAGCCUGUUUAGUCCAUCUCUGAUCUCAGACAAGAUCCUGCUGCGGAUUCUGCGUCAUCAUGAUGUGAUCCAAGAGAUCAAGUUCCUCGAAAACGACAAGCGCUCACCACAUCACUACGUCUACCAGCGGGGCAAGCCGGUGGAUUUCUUCGUUCUUAUCCUGCAGGGCCGGGUGGAGGUAGAAGCUGGCAACGAGAAUAUGAAGUUCGAGACAGGUCCUUUCUCAUUCUAUGGUGUCAUGGCACUCAGUGCCCCCACACUGGAGUUCCGAUCUCCGUCCCACCUCAGCGGGUUGAAUCGCACUGCCUCCCUGAGUGGAGCAGACCGGACAGAGUCCCUGUCAAUCAGUGGCAGCAACAGCCAGCUCAACAGUAUCAUCCCCAUGCAGCAGUACACACCGGACUUCUAUGUUCGUGCGCUGACCGACCUGCAGUUUGUUAAGAUCACACGGUCCCAGUAUCACAAUGCUCUGAUGGCAUCCCGCCUGGACAGCACACCCCAGUCCCCGGAGAGCUCCCACAGUCACACACAACUGGACCUCACUCCAGGCACUGCCGUCAUGAAGCCAAACACGGAGUCCUCGACAGACAAUGGACCCGACGAGACCACGUUCCUCCUCCUCAAUGAGCAGAACUCCUCACACAACCACCACAGCUCGCUGGAGAACAGCAUUUGACCUCCAACCAACCCCCCUUUCUUGCACACCUGCACUACUACUCUGGGACGUUUCCAAGGGUCGAGGGUGUGUGUCAUUCUGAGAAAUGCAUGCACUCAUAUGCCAAAGUGAACUGUGGGAACUCUCUCCUUCCAUUUUUCAUGAAGACUUGCAACAACUCCUUGAUCAUUGUAGGUCAUUUUUAUUUGUGUGAUGGUUUGUGUUUCCUCCUCUUGAUUCCUAAGUAUAAUCAGAUUUAGAGGUGUCGCUCGACAGACCCCUCUAAGCAAGAGACUCAGGGAGACUGUGCCCUCUCCUUAAAUUAUGGUCCAAAAUCAUGUAGUGAUUUGUCAAACACCUCUUUACCUUGUCACAGGGUCUAAAAACACACACUGCUCAAUAGUUGGUAUCAACUGACCAGGCGUCGUAAUCAUGUUUUGAACUUGUGUGUGCACUUUUGUUCAACUUGUUAGCCAGCAACUUCUGGAUAGCAAGCUCUUUGCUAACAUGGGCACAGCUAGUUACAGCAACAGCUCUGCUAAGCUUUACAAACACUGUCACAUUGUCCACCAUUGAAGCUUUAGUCACUUUUCUUUGGGUCACUACUGUGGUAAAAAUGACUUUUUUAUGAGUCAUUUUUACUAAUUUGCUAACUUGAUUUCAGUGAUAGCACAUUGCAAUGACAACCAAAGAAGUUAAUUCGCUGGUGUUGGCCUUUUCAUGUUUCCACCUCUUCCAACUUUGACUGAGACUUACGAGUGCUAACACUAUCGUGUUGAUGUUGCAGCAUUUUGUUGAUUCUAGCUUGAAGCUUGUUGCUGAGCGUCAUGAGUCAGUCAGUCGUUGAUCAAUCUCCAUUCUUUCCAAAAUUAUUGCUGUAAUUUCUGUAGUGCAGUCGCUCACACACACACACAAAGUUUGAAACAAAGAACAAUAUGUUUGUGGUUGAGGUUUGGAUUUUUCUUGCAUAAUUGUACAUGCGUGAGCGAGGGAUGUGAUUAUCUUCGGAAGCAUUCAAAAUAUUGAAAGGGAGAUCCAGCAAUGUUGCAUCACUGUGAUGACAAUCAGCAAAAUGCCUUUGUCAGAGUGUUCGACCAAAUAAGCUGUUAACCAAACCCUAGCGGAACAGGAACCAGGAGUGGAAAUCUUCGACACUCCCUGUCACGACAACCAAACCUGUUUCACUUGUGCUCAAAUGUUUCUUUAAAGACUGUUGUGUUGUGUUGUGUUGUGGUGGGCUUGAGUCGGCAACAUCAAGUAACCAAAUCUGUCCUUGUGACUGCUAAAACACCAACGUUUGGUUGUAUAGAGGUUCCGAGCUUUAUUGUUGCAAAAAUGCAGUGACACUUGACAGUUCCCGGCACAUUGUUCUCAGAAAAUAAGCCGACCCAUAUUUCUGCGUCUGAACGAUAUGUCAACAAAUUUACACAAACCCAAAGUACCCAAAUGCACGCCAGACUCUUAAAACACAAAUAAAUCCACACAUUCAUUGAUCUACAGACGUUACCUUAAACUGCUGGUGAGUGUAUGUCUCAAUGAGGAAUCCACUGAUGCUGAAUGAGAUCCACCUAGUCAUGAAGGCAACACUGUCAGAACAAUUAAUAAGUAAUAAAUGAAGAAUGUUUUAAAACUAGUGGAGAUAAAUUAGCAAUUUUGUAGUUAUAUUAACUGCUCAUGUAACUUGCAAGAUGUGAUUAAUUGGAGUAAAAAAUUCUUUUUAUCAAUAAUUCUAUCCAUGUUUAAUCACUGUAACAUUAUACAUUUGCUUAAGGAACGGUAUCAUGUGAUAAGAACAGUUAAUUAUUGUCAUUCCCAAAAUAAAUUUGGAUUUUAAAGGUAAUGAUUUUUUUUUAUUAUUAUUUUAGUUAAUGGCUCUCCGUACAAAUGCAGAUUUUGCGCUAUUUCAUUUUAUAGGUAGUGUCGCAGCAGUUAAAUGUUGGAAUAGCACACUGUUUUGUUCAGACUCCAAUUGUAGUUGCUUCAAUUCCUGGUUCUACGGUUUGUCAUUUUGCCCGACCUAAUAAAAAGUGCACUUUAACUAGGAAAGAUAGCGUUUACACCAGCUGUUCUCCAAAAUUUUACAAAAAGUUUUUGAUGCUGCUUUCAUGGUACUCCGCUUGUAUUUUGUUCCGCUGCCACUCAUAUUCUGAGCGCCCCCCCGUGUGCGUGCAUGAGCCAGUGAGUUUUACUGUACCUGCAGAAAGACGUUGAUUUUUAUUUUAUUAUUUUUAAAUUCAAUCGUUGGAUCGUGAUGGAGUGUGAUUUGGGAAGUUGCCACAGAAAUGAGAAGAAAAUAGACUGUGGUACUUUUUCCUUGUUCAAGCAGAAACAAGUUGUAUAUAUUGGUUUUUUUUUUAAUUCCGUCUCAAUGAGUUUUGACG